AUGUCUUCUGAAAAGCAUGACAACCCUUUCAUUUUUGGUCAAGUGUUGUUACUGGACUGGCAAAUUCUAGCAUUUAGGACCAGCUUGGGGGAUCCUGAAUUUGCUGAUCAUGCAGUUCUCUUAAAGAUGCCUGGGGCAGCAUGGAGUAAAGAGUAUACACAGCAGGUUUGCAGCCAUGGUAUAUGCGGUGAGCGAACGUGGAUGGUUGCUGGAAGUGGCAUGCGGAGGUACAUGAAAGCCAUAUGUGGUGUCACACAAUUUUCUCCAAACGCGCUCAGGCUGCCAGUGGUUCAGGCUAUCCAGCCACCUGUAAAAGGUGGACGACACUGUUCAAUUUUCUAUCAGCGAUACUUACAUCUUCUCCAAGAAUCACAUUCAGCAUUAGGAGAGAUCUAUCUAAUUCUGGGCCAGGGGGUUCUGAACCUAAGGGAACAGCACCCUAAACUAAACAAAAACCAAUGUGCUUAUUGCAAGAGAGAAGGCCACUGGGUGAAAGACUGCCCUAACAAAAUAUCUAAGACCCCUGCCAAGAUAUUGGAGAUGGAGGACCUGGACGACUAGGGGAGUUGGGGUUCAGUACCCCUCCCCAAGCCCAGGGUAACUCUCAGAGUGGAGGGGCAACCAGUUGAAUUUCUAGUGGACACUGGGGCACAACAUUCGGUCUUAUUACAACCCCAGGGGAAAUUGGCGAGCAAGACCUCAUGGGUUCAAGGGGCCACGGGGACCAAACAGUACUCAUGGACUACCCGAAGAACUGUGGACCUCAGCAUGGGCCGGGUAUCCCACUCCUUCAUGGUCAUCCCUGAAUGUCCCUACCCGUUGUUAGGUCGGGAUUUGCUCACCAAGAUGGGGGCACAAAUUUGCUUCUACCCCAGAGGGGCAAAAAUCCUAGACAAAGAAGGGCAACCGAUUCAGGUGCUUGUCCUGAGUUUGGAAGAUGAAUAUCGUCUCCACCAGAUGCCCCCAGUCCCAAUGACUGACAUUGACUGUUGGCUACAGGAAUUUCCUCAGGCAUGGGCAGAAACUAGGGGAAUUGAGCUGGCCCAACACCAACUGGCUAUAUACAUAGAACUAAAACUGGGGGCAGACCCUGUCAGGGUCCGCCAAUACCCCAUGCCUCUCGCGGAGCAAAUGGGAAUCACGCCCCACAUACGGCGACUACUAGACUCAGGCAUAUUAAGGCUCUGCCAAUCGUCAUGGAACAGUCCCUUGCUGACAGUGCGAAAACCGCACUCUAACAAUCACAGGCCAGUCCAGGACUUAAGGGAAGUCAACCGGCGAGUAAUGGAUGUGCACCCCACGGUCCCAAAGCCAUACACCCUCCUCUCUACGUUUCCUCCAGACAAAAAUUGAUAUACAGUAUUAGAUUUAAAAGGUGCCUUUUUCAGCCUGCCUUUAGCACCCAAGAGCCAAGACCCUUUUGCCUUUGAAUGGACGGACCCUGAGAAAGGCGUCAAUGGCCAACUCACCUGGACUCGACUACCAGAAGGAUUCAAAAACUCACCAACCAUCUUCGACGAGGCCUUACACGAAGACUCGGGUGAGUGUUCUGAGCACCCUCAUUUGACCUUAUUGCAAUAUGUAGAUAAUAUCCUGCUGGUGGAGGAGGACCAGGACACUUGCCUGCCAGGCACCAAGGACUUAAUCCAGACCAUAGCGGCUCUAGGAUACCAGGCCUCAGCCAAAAAGGCCCAAAUCUGCAGAGCAGAGGUGAGCUACCUGGGGUACAAAUUAAAGGAUGGACAAAGAUGGUUGACGGAUGCGCGGAAGGAAACCGCCCUAAGGAUCCCACAGCCGCAAACUGUCUGUCAGGUACGUGAAUUCCUGGGGUCGGCAGGGUUCUGUUGAUUAUGGAUUCCGGGUUUUGCCAAGAUGGCCAGACCCCUCUAUGAGGCCACCAGGCACCAACAAAAUUUUGAAUGGACAGAGGCCAUGAACAAGGCCUUUAAUGACCUUAAACAGGCCUUGCUGUCUGCCUCAGCUCUCGGGUUGCCUGACCUAACCAAGCCCUUCUACCUGUAUGUAGACGAGAAAGACAGGGUGGCAAAAGGGGUCCUUGUCCAGUACAUAGGUCCCUGGAAAAGACCCAUAGCUUAUCUCUCUAAAAAGCUGGACAUGGUGGCCGCUGGAUGACCCCCAUGCUUAAAAAUUAUUGCCGCGGUGGCCACUAUGGUCAAGGAUGCAGACAAGCUAGCCAUGGGGCAAGAACUAUAUGUUACCACCCCACAUGCUAUUGAAGGGGUACUCAAACAGCCCCCAGACCGCUGGAUCAGGAAUGCUUGUCUGAGCCUACUGCUCAGACAUUAUCAGAGCCUACUGCUAAACCCCACCAGAAUUUUAUUCAAGCCACCUACAACCCUGAAUCCUGCAACGCUACUCCCUAACCCAGACUGGGACCCCCCUCUGCAUAACUGUCAUAAGAUUUUGGCACAGGUGCACGGAAUCAGGGCUGAUCUCUGGGACCGGCCACUGCCGAUCGCGGACGCCACCUGGUAUACGGACAGUAGCGGUUUUUUCUGAGAAGGAAUCAGAUACGCGGGGGCAGCCGUAACCACAGAGACGGAGAUCAUCUGGGCAGAGCCAUUGGCAGCCGGAACAUUGGCUCAACGGGCAGAACUGAUCACCCUGGACAAGGCACUAACCAUGGGAGAAGGUAAAUGAAUAAACAUUUACACCGACAGCAGGUACGCCUUUGCCACCACUCAUAUCCACGGAGCCCUUUACAGAGAGAGAGGGCUUCUGACAACAGAGGGAAAGACUAUUAAAAACAAAAUAGAGAUUCUUGAACUCCUAAGGGUCUGGCUGCCCAAGGCACUAGCUAUCAUCCACUGUCCAGGACACCAAAAAGCAAACACACCAGUAGCCAGGGGAAACCGGCUAGCUGACUCAAAAGCAAAGGAGGCAGCCCUUUCGGUGACCCAGGUUUUAACAACCACGCUACCCGAUCCGGGGGCACCGACCCUGCCGGACACCCGCAACUAUACUGGCACUGACCUACAACAGAUUAAACGCUUGCCUAUGACCCAACGCUUACAUGGCUGGUGGAGGGCCACAGACUCCAGCAUCAUCCUGCCAGAGGAACUAGGACGACGAGUCUUAUCCAAAAUGCGUCGGAGUACUCAUAUGGGAACAAAAAAGAUGGAAGACCUCAUACAACAUGCUAAGAUCAUUAUUAAAGACUCUUGAGCAAAGAUCCAGCAGAUUGUGGCAAGCUGCCAUGCAUGCCAGGUAACCAACACCACCACCCAUGGGUCUAACCCAGGAACCCGACUCAGGGGAGACCGCCCAGGAGCAUACUGGGAAGUAGAUUUCACUGAGGUAAAGCCUGGAAAGUAUGGGUACAAGUACCUGCUAGUUUUCAUAGAUACCUUUUCAGGGUGGAUGGAGGCAUUCCCCACCAAGCACGAAACCGCACAAAUCGUGACCAAAAAGCUGCUGGAGGACAUUCUGCCAAGGUAUGGAUUUCCUGCCAGGAUCGGAUCCGACAAUGGACUGGGGUUCAUUUCUAAGUGCUUGCUCACUUCAAUGACCAACAACUUCUCUUCUCCCUCCAAAUGUUACAAAGAGCCCAUGAGCAGGUGUGGCCAAAGUGAGGGCCCUCUACGAGACCUGACCCCCAUCGAUAUCCACCAGGCAAUUGGGUGUAUGUGCGGAGGCACCAACAGCAGACAUUCUAACCUCAAUGGAAAGGACCCUACAUUGUAA